AUGGCCCUUGAACAGUUUCCGCUCAACAUCGAUGAUCUUGCCCGCAAACAGGUACUUUCCGCUGUUGUUGACGGACUCGAGAAUUCUCUGAGGCAGCUUGUCGAUCUCUGCUUUUUGGCGAGCAAUCUUGACGGCUCUGCCGAUUCUCCAAGCCAGAGACAAAGACCCGUGAAUGGUCUUUUCCUCGACGUCCUUGAUGGUCAUUGGUGGGUUGACGUUUCCGUUUCCGUUACUGAACACCAUUGGAGCAUAAAACGACUGGCCUUCUGGAGUGUACACCACAGGAGUCGUUUGCCAAUGGGUCGGAUAAGCUCUGCCCAUAGUGUCACAAUCAACCACAGGCAGAUUCAGUCUCGAGGAGGUGGAGAUCUGGAAAGCACACAAUCCAUUGCCUCCACCGAUCUCAAUUGGGAACAGCAGCUCCGGCUUCUUGUUGGUGUACUUGGCCAUAAUCUCGUACGCCUCGAUAAGAGCGUCUCCAAGAAGCUGCUCGUGAGAAACCGUUGGCGAUCCCGCGUAGCAGACGGCAACAACACUGCCCUCGGCGGCCACGUACUUGUGAGCAUCUUCGAGAUCAAUAACCUUAAUGGUAUCUCCUUCUCUCAAGUAGUUCUUCACCUCCAGCAUGUAGGAGUAAGGGUUACCUCCACCACCACAGCCCAAAAUGUAGGCUCCGAUGGAGAUGAACUCAACGUCUGUCUCAUUCAGGAGCCAUUCUCUCUGCUUGUUGAUGGUUGGCUUGUACGUAGUGAAGUCCACGUCUUCAGGGAUCUUGGUCUCCGUUUCCUCGAAAAGAGACUUCUUGACAAUAUCCUUGGUUCCAGACUCAAAAUCCUUUGCCUCGAACCGUCUGUGGACACAAACACAGUCUCGAUGGUUCCUUCCAGAGCACCCUUUUCCAUGAUCUGGCUGACAACCUUUUCCUCCAGUUCCUUGAGCACCUGUUCCUUGGUGGUAGUUCCAGGAGCCAGAUGCUUGAUCUCACCAAUCUCGGCAGAAACCUUACCCAUUGCAGCUCCAAUUGCGUUGGCAACGCUGUGGAAUGGCGGUCUGAUCACCUCAGAAGCACCGUCAAGAUGUUCUGGAACAAUGAACGAUCCACCACCCACAGCCAGAACCAUAAUGUCGUCUGAGCUGGUCUUCAUUCUGUCAAUCACCUUCUCCAUCAUGAUCUUGGUUCUCUUCUUGAAGCUGGCCAAAUAUUCUGCACUGAACUUAUCCUUAACAGCAAGAGCAUUACCGAUCACCAAGUCGCCGCCAAGCUGCUGGUCCGCUGCCACAGAACAGUCGGUAGCAGUGACCUCAGAGCCUCCAAACACCAGUGCUCUUUUGACGAUCUCCGAUCCAGUGGAGUCCGGUCCGAUGGUCAUCUCUUCGCCUUCUCCUCUCACCAAAGAGCCUCCGCCGAGUCCAAUACUCUCCACGUGA